AUGGUGGAACAAGAACAGAAUGACAAGGUGGAACAAGAACAGAAUGAAAUUAUAGCCAAUACGGAAGAAGAAAAUAAUGAAAAUCGCCCAAAUGAAGAUGACGAUUAUUUAGAAAAUACUGUAGACGCUACUGAAGAUAAUGAUAAUUUGGAAAAUACAGAAAUCCAAGAAGUGGAACAAGGAAAUAAUGAAAUUGUAGCCAAUACAGAAGAAGAAAAUAAUGAACAACCAACUGAGGAUGAUGAUUAUUUGGAAAAUACAGAAAAUCAAGAUGAAGUGGAUGAACGGGAAAAUGAAAUCCCGGCGUACACAGAAGAAGAAACCGCUGCGGAUGAUGAUGACUAUUUGGAAAAUGACGAUGACAACUGA